AUGCUCCGGUACAUCUCAGCCGACGAGCUCGCCGCGAUCAUCAAGAGCGACAAGGUCCCGAUGAAGGACUACCUCGUCAUCGACGUGCGCGACGACGACAGGGACGGCGGGAACAUCACCGGCUCGCACAGCGCGCCCUCCGCCCAGUUCUACGUCCGCGUCAACGACCUCGUCCAGAAGACCAAGGCCGUCCCCACCGUCGUCUUCCACUGCGCCCUCUCCCAAGUUAGGGGACCCCAGGCUGCGCGCACCUACGCCGAGGCCCGAGAUCAGCUCGAGGGCGACGGCGAGGACAUCCCGCACCAGGUCCUCAUCCUCCGCGGCGGCUUCUCCGACUUCCAGGCGAAGUUCAAGGACGACCCGAAGCUUGUCGAGAACUGGAAGAAGGAGGUCUGGGGCACGGAGUGGAUUUGA